UUUGUGUUAACAGAGGCCGAAGAAGAGAAGCGAGACAAUCUAUUCCAGAAGAAGGUUAUCGCACAUGAAUUAUUUUCUGAGAAUGAUGCGGCAAAUACGUCGACAAAACACGGUAAACUUUCCUGGAUAUGUAUUUACCAACUACGGCCGCUUAUGAAUAAAAGGCGCGAUGGAGCGCUAAAAGGGGGCAAUACGUACACGUAUGAGCAAGGAAGAUGUACGCCGCCGUGUACGUCCUGUCCACGGUGACAGGCUACCUCCUCACCUCGGUUCUGCUGCUCAAAUGUCCGACUCUGCUGCACCGGAAGAAGAGAGAGAGGUUCUACAGCAGGCACAUUUCUCACCGUGGAGGAGCAGCGGAGAACCUGGAGAACACAAUGGCAGCUUUUAAACACGCAGUGGAUCUCGGCACAGAUAUGUUGGAGCUGGACUGCCACCUGACAAAGGAUGGGCAGGUUGUGGUGUCUCAUGACCGAAAUCUGCAGAGAGCGACAGGCAUCGAUGCAUACAUCUCCGACAUGGCAUAUGCGGAGUUGCCUCCUUACCGCUGCAAGCUGGGUGUAACCUUUGAAUGGGAGUGUUUCUGCGAGGGCGGCGAGGAUAAACGCAUACCUCUGCUCAAGGACGUUUUUGAAGCCUUUCCUCAAACCCCUGUCAACAUUGACAUCAAGGUCAAUGACGACACACUCAUCAAAAAGGUGUCUGAGCUGGUCUGCAAUUACAACAGAGAGCAUCUCACAGUCUGGGGCAACGCCAGCAACCAGAUUGUCAAGAAGUGUUUCAAAGAGAACCCUCGCAUUCCAGUGUUGUUCAGCUUUCCUAGAGUGUUGCUGUUGUUGGGCCUCUUCUAUACCGGCCUUCUGCCCUUUGUGCCCUUAAAGGAACAGUUCCUGGAGAUCCCAAUGCCCACUAUUCUUACCAAACUCCGUGAUCCACACAGUAUAACCAAAAGCCAGCUCUUCCUCACCUGGCUGGCAGACAGCCUAUUGAUGAGGAAAGCCCUCUUCCAGCAUCUCACUGCCAGAGGAAUACAAGUGUACAUUUGGGUGCUGAACGAUGAAGAAGAUUUCCAGAGGGCAUUUAAUUUGGGAGCCACGGGGGUCAUGACAGAUUUUCCCACCAAGCUGAAAGACUUUUUGGAUCAAAAUGGCCUUUCCAAGCCUCAGUAACACGCCUUCUGUUUCCACUUUAUAGCACAUUGUCACAACCUUCAAAUGUAAACACUAGCAUUAACAGUGAGAAAAAAACAUUUGAAUUGAUUUAAUUGCAAAUCUUUGAUGAAUUCAUCCAUUGUUAUCACUUUUGAAAAAUGUUUUUAUUUAAAUUAGCAACAUUAAUUCGUCCACAAGUUUGCAGGAUUUAUUUUCCUCACAUAAGCACCAGCAGUUGUAGAUCACGCCUUUUUCAUUUGCAUUAUUUGUUCCCUUUUGAAAGUGGGUUUGUAAGCACUGAGCACUGAUAGAAUAGUUGUCUAAACAGGGUUCUACCUGCAGAAAAAAAGUGUUGAAUAAAAACAAUGGAAAGCAACAUUGUGUUUCUACAUAAAACCAUCAUUUUUCACUUUGAAAAUGAUUUGCAUGAAAAAGAGUAUUUAUGAGCUGUUAACUUUGAGUGUUAUGUGUUUGUGAUUGUAAAAAGAA